AUGUCUACCACAUUCGCUGAGAAUGGCGACCACAACUCCGCGUCUUUCAAGGCGGAAUAUCGUGCUUAUAUGAGACAGGCAUGGUCCGACGACCUUAUUGAAAGACGCCAGGCGAAGUUUUUAGACUAUUUCUUCGACGAGUGCAACAACAGAGGUUUGCGUGGAUACGAAAAAAUGCGGCUUCAUUCCAUCUUUAUGCUGUUCAUAAAAGAACACAUGCAAAAAACGCAACCCGAGUUCGAAAAGCUAGUUAGAGACAAACGUAUCAACGAAGGCUUCGCAGCCGAUGAGACAGUUUGGGUGCAGUUCAAAGACACGUCAUUUCCCAAAGUGCAAGUGCAACCCACCAUUCCUUUUGAGUACAUCAUGAGACCGCCCCCGCGAGUCAAUUGGGUCCCCGCUCGUCUACGCUCGAUUACAGCACACACCGCCGAAAUCAUCAGUCACACGGUCCCUGUGUCACCCACAAAUGCGAAGCUACAAGCUCGCCCACAGAUUCUUUUGAAUUCACCCAAAGCGAAUUCUCAACCAUCUCGAGGGAAAAAACAAAGCGAAUCGUUGUUGAAAGAUGUGCUGGUAUCUAAUGCCAUAAAAAUAAAGAGGAGAUUGAGCGUUUCGACUCGCGUGUUGCAAAAAGAAAUGGCGAAUGUCAUUAUUUAUACCACGUCGUCAGCGUAA